UCGCGCGUGGGGGCAGUGAGAGUGGUCCGCGCGCAAGGACGCAUCUCCUUCGAGAAGAAAAGCACAGAAAAAGACCAUCUUCGCUGCUACUAGGUGCCCAUUGGGAUGUACAGCGCAAAUUCUGUUCUGGAAAAUGAAGGGGAAGAAGGGAGUGUGAAUCAGCUGGGCGGUGUGUUUCUGAACGGCCGUCCUCUGCCCGUCUGUAAACGGAGAUUGAUUGUUGAGCUCGCGACCGAGGGCGUGAGACCGUGUGAGAUCUCCAGAAUACUGAAGGUCUCCAACGGCUGCGUUAGUAAGAUUUUGGGUAGGUUUCAGCGCACAGGGGUCAUUGGUCCUAAAGCAACGGGGGGCAGCAGACCCAGACUCCUGACUCCUGACGUCAUCUCCAUCAUAGCGCAGCACAAGCGGCAGAACCCCACACUGUUCGCUUGGGAGAUCCGACAAAAACUGGCGACAGAUCGAGUCUGCAGAGGAGAUAAAGUCCCUAGUGUGUCGUCCAUAAACCGGAUUCUUAAGAAGAUUCAUCUAGAUAUGGACAUGAUGGACAGUGCAUAUCCAAGUGUCAAACACAUUUACACAGUGGAUGAGCAGAGGAGUUUACAAACAACAGCUCAGACCAUUCAGCAACAAACGGACACAAACCUGCGAGGCACCUCUCAUCGCAGCAGAACAGCUUUCACACCAGAUCAGAGUGAGAGGUUAGAGAAAGAGUUCAUCUGUGGGCUUUAUCCAGACCUGCUGACCAGAGAAAAGCUGUCUGAGGAGACAAACCUUCCACAAGACACUAUAAAGGUUUGGUUCUCCAAUCGCAGAGCAAGGAUGAGGAGGGAGCGAAAAGAAGACCAUAGUGACUGUGGAUCUCUGGGUAUAACCAGCCCCGGGUUUCUGAGAAGUAGAAAUGCUUUGGUUUCUCUGUCAGCGACCUCUGGCAGCUCUUUCGACGGUUACUUGGCUCAUCACACACAAACCACUUUUCCAUUGGCCCAUCACAGAGACAAUAACACUUUACCAUUGGCUCAUUUGAACUCAAAUGCGAUGUCCACAUGUCCUUUGGAUUGCACAGAGAGUUUGAUGCCAUCAUGUCACCAACAUAGCAACAUGGAAUCAGAUUACCGAUUGAUUCCCUUGAACACAGAUGAAAGUAUCUUAAUGGCUAAUCGCUCACAGUGGGCUUCUCAUCAAUCUCUGAUUGGACAGAAUGUUACAAUGUUUUGAAUUGCAAAAUAAACAUUCCUGAAUGUUGAUGUUGUGGACAGUAGAGGGCAGCAAAGGAAAGAAAAAGUGGCAUUAUGAGUGGAAUGUACUUUUUUUUUUUUUUCUUGCUUCAUGAACAAGCCUAAUAAAAAACAAUUAUGUUUUUGAUAUUUUGAUUGUGUUUUAAGUGAAUGAAUAAAUAUGAAGUUCUUUAAAAAUUAAAUGGACUGGAAACUUAAAGACUGUCUGACUGCCUAAAGAUUGUCUGUCUGUCAAAUCAUUGGGAAUAAAUAAUAAAGAGAUAA